UUUGUGAGAGGUAGAUUUUCCUAUGCUGCUUAUCCCAAGAAAUCUCCAUUUCUAGAAUUUUCUUUGCCUCACCUAAUUCUUUCAUCUCAAACUCAGCUUUCAACCUUUGUUUAAGAAGCUGAAUUUCUCUAGUGGAUUGACUUGCAAUGAGCAUGUCAUUCACGUAUAAUAACAGAUAGACAGAAAUAUUAGGUGUGAAAUGUUUAAAAUAUAUGCAGCAGUCAUAAGAACUCCUUAGGUAUCCUUGGUUUAUCAUAAUCGAAUCAAAUUUUUGGUACCACUAUCUUGGGGACUGUUUAAGUCCAUACAAUGACUUCCUAAGAAGACAUACUUUCUCCACCUCUCCCUUAGCUUCAAAACCCUUUGGUUGAUCCAUAAAAAUCCUCUCUUUAAUGUCCCCAUGAAGGAAAGCAGUUGCGACAUCUAUCUGCUCCAAUUUUAAAUCCAAUUGGGCAAUGAUAGCUAAUAAAAUCCUUAUAGAAGUGUGUCUCACAACUGGAGAAAAUACCUCAUUAAAGUCUAUGUCGACCCUUGAGUGAACCCCUUAGCUACCAAUCUUGUCUUGAACCUAGGUUUAGCAUUAUUUCCAGCUCUUCUUUAAUCUUGAAGAGCCAUUUGCAGCCUACUAUUCGUUGCCCUCUUGGCCUUUCUACCAAUUCUCAGGUAUUAUUCUUCUUAAGGGAUGUUAUUUCUGACUUCAUGGCUUUCAGCCAUUUAUCAGCAUCCUUAGAGGACACUGCUUCUUCAUAGGUGAGGGGUUCUUCGCCUAUAGUUUCAGCUGCAUUGGUUAGGGCAUAUGCAACUAGGUCAGAAUAACUGUAUCUUUGUGGUGGCCUAUGGUUUCUAGGCUGCACUACAAGAAAUUUAGUAUAUUGUGACAAAAAUAAUUGUGAUGGAUUAAAUUGUCACGAAAAAUAUCAUUUUUGUGACAAAAUUGUGACAAAAUAGAGUUUUCUCAUGCCAAAUUCAAAAAGUGAGUAAAGUAGUUGAUGUUUUGAGCUAACAUAUGCGGUAAGUAGUUGUUAUUUUGAGAACGAUAAUGUUCAAGAUUCGAGUUGGAGAAACAAAGGCUAGAAACACUUGUCUUUUAUAGGCUUUUCAGUGCUUUUUGUAUCUUAGUUAUAUAUUUGGGGAAUGAAUUUAUCAAUUCUUGGAGGCUCUGUAGGAGAUCUCUUUUUCCUGCUUGAUAAAAUGUCUUAAUGAGAGAUUCUCAUGACAUUUGAUACAGCAUCACAUUUUUAUCUUUUCAUUGUGCAUUUUCUAUUAAUGCAAAAGCUAUAUGGAGAACUACACCAGUGGAAAAUGUACAUCAGUUUUGUUUUUCCUUGCAAUAAUUUUUUUUUUUUGAUGGAUUUCUUGUAUUUUGGGAUUGGUGUAGCUUGAGUCAUAGUUAGAGAUGUGCUUUUGAGGUAAUCUUGAUAUUCUAAGGUCAAAUCCGUUUGGGAAUAAUUUCAAAAUUUUUUAUUUAUCCAAAAAAGUAAAGGUUUUGAAUGAAGUAUUCCAAAGGAGAGAGAAAAAGAUUAAAAAUAGUUUUAAUUUAUAAAAAAUUAAUAAAACGCUUAACUUUGAAAUCUGCCAACUCAACAAAUAAUCAAGAAUAGAGUUGGCAAUUGUUCGGUUUGGUUUCAGUUUUUGCCAAAACCAUAAUCAAACCAAACUUAAACUACUAAAACCAAAACCAAACCAUUACCCAUUGGUUUUAAAAAUUAAAAAUCAUAACCAAACCAUUCGAUUUGGGUUUGGUUUCGGUUUUAACUAUGGUUUUUCUAGUUUGAUCCAUACCAACAAACAAAGACAAACUCUAAUAAAGUUACAUUUUUGUUACAUAAAGUUACAAAUUAACUUCAAACUUCUUAGAUAUAAUUAUUUGAUUGAUAAGAAUAAAAUAAUUUAAGAUUAGGUUUUAUUUUUAUUUGUUAAUUACUUUAUAAAUGUUAAAUAUUUUAUAUAUUUGUAAUGCAUUAGUUAAAAUACUUGUAAAAAAAAUGCAUUAGUCAAUAUAUAUUAUGUGUAUAUAUAAUAUAUUAAAUAAAUAUUUAUUAUAUAUAUGUAUAUUCGGUUAGAUUUGGUUCGAUUAUCGACACAUUUGGUUUGGUUUCAAUUCAGGUUUUAGUUUGGAUUUAGUGAAAACCAUAACCAAACUAUACUCAUUGAAACAAUGUUUGAUUUUUCCCCAAACCAAAUCAUUACCCAGUCAAACGGUUUUUAACUACGUUGACUGGUUCAAUUUCGAUUUGAUUCCCCACGGUUUCGGUUGCAAUUGACAUCCCUAAUCAAGAAUUUACCUCUUGACCUUUUUAAUUGGUUAGAAACCAAACAAGAAGAUGUAGCAUUCAGAUAAAUGUUAUUCUCGAAAGAUUCUCGUUGAUUAAAUGUUUUUGAAUAAUAACAAAAAUCUACUGAUUUGAGUCAUGGUUAUUGUAAGGAGAAAGUGGUUGAUGAUUGGUUUCUUACUUUUGUUUAUAUUUUGUUUUGGAUGGUUGAUUUCUUUCCAAUUGUAUGGAACUUGUUAGAAUCUCCUCACACCCAUUUAGUGUUCAUUCAUAAGUUAAUUUCUUUUAGUUUUAAUGUCAAUGAAUGUUGGGAGUCCAUUCAAUAAAUUGAAUUUCAGUCGAAAAUCCAAAAAGGGAGUUACUGGCAGACAAACUUGUACACUAAGGGUGUGUUUAAUAGUAUAUAUUUUUCAUAGAAAAUGUCUAAUCAUGUAUAAUUAUUACACAUAUUUUCUAUGAAAUAAUCAAACACUCUUAAUUUUUUUAUGAAAAAUAUGUGUAUGGUACAAACAUUUAAAACUCCUUUUCAUAAAAUUCAUUUUUCAAGGAGGUGGGGUGAUUUUUGUUUUCUAGGCAUCAUUACUUAAAAUUUAAUGCAAUCAAACACGUGUAGUUUUGUAUAGCUUCUUUAUUCAUACUCUUCAAAUUUUAGAUUUUUAUUAUUUAUUAUUAUUAUUAUUUCUGAAUUAGUAAUUGGACUUGAUGUGUAUAAUAUUUUAUAAAUUUUAGUUAGUAUUUCAUUUGGCUUUCGUAUGUUGAAUUUCAUAUUUGUUUUAUUCUCCAAUAUCAGAACAUUUUUUCAUUGUAUUUAGAUAUAAAAAUUGUUGUAAAUUUAGAGUUCGCAUUUGCUUUAUGUGCCUUUUCAUAUUCAUUUCAUACAUAUGAAAUGAAUGUACCAUUAUUGAAAAAGGUUUGGAUUGACACACAGAAAAACUAAAGAAGAAGCAAUCUGUUUAUGGCAACAAACAAAUACAAAAAUGACAAUCUCCCUUGCCUUCCUUAUAUUCUACCUUCGCGCUUUAACAUUCUCUCUUCCCCCCCUCCCCUCCCCCCAAAAUACAAAAAUGACAAUCUCCCUUGUCUUCCUUAUAUUCUAUCUUCGCCCUUUAAUGUUCUCUCUCCCCCCCCCCCCCCCCCCCCCCCCCCCCCCUUUCUCUUCUCCCCCUCCUCUUUAUGGGUUUGGCAACUAGGAGAUAUAUGUGAAGGAAGGGAAGGGUAAUGCUGUAUUUGAAUAGAAAUUAGUGCAUCUACUAAAGCAUAUUCUCUUGCUCUGUUGAAGCGGUGGCGAUUAUAGGAUCCUGAGUCAAUUGGGGAGAAACCUGUAAUCAGAAGGGGAAGUGGCAAAGACUCAGAAAUCACUCGACUAUGGAAGACAUAAUUUUGCAUGGACCUGUAGAGCUAUUGUCUGUAUUAAGAGCCUGCAUCAAAUCCAGGUCAUUGAAACACGGAAAACUAAUUCACCAGAAGGUAAUCACUUUAGGCCUUCAAAACAAUAUUUCCCUGUGCAAAAACCUCGUGGAUCUCUACUUCUCUUGUCAAUUGUUCAAAUAUGCAAAGCUAGUUUUCCAAUCCAUUGAGAACCCUUUAGACAUGUCUUUGUGGAAUGGUCUCCUGGCUGCUUACACCAAGAACUUCAUGUUCGCUGAGUCUCUUGAGCUCUUUCAGAGAUUGUUACACUUCCCUCAUAUAAAAGCGAAUAGUUAUACAUACCCAAGUGUUCUGAAGAGUUGUGCUGGAUUGGGUAGGGGUGAUUGUGGUCAAGUGCUUCACGCUGUUGUGCUCAAAAGUGGAAUUUUGACAGAUGUUGUGGUCAGUAGCUCUGUAGUGGGCAUGUAUGCCAAGUGUGAUAUGUUUGGCCCUGCAUUGCAAUUAUUUAAUGAAAUGCCGGAAAGAGAUGUGGCUUGUUGGAAUACUGUAAUAUCCUGUUACUAUCAAACUGGGCAAUGUAAGAAAGCACUUGAGUUGUUUGAGAAAAUGAAAGGUGUUGGUUUUCAGCCUGAUUCAGUGACACUGACAACUGCCAUCUCUUCAUGUGCAAGGCUUUUGGAUUUGGAGAAGGGGAAACAAAUUCAUAAGGACUUGAUGAAAAAUGGGUUUGUGUUAGAUGGUUUUGUCAGUGCAGCCCUAAUCAACAUGUAUGGAAAAUGUGGUUGCUUAGAGAUGGCUGUGGAGGUCUUUGAUCAAAUUCCAAAUAAGAGUGUGGCUGCUUGGAAUUCCAUUAUUUUGGGUCACAGUUUGAUUGGUGACAGUAACGCAUGCAUUGAACUGUUUCGAAGGAUGAAAGAAGAGGGGGUUAGGCCAACAUCAACCACAUUAAGCAGUUUACUCAUGGCUUGUUCUAGAUCAGCUAAUCUCCAAAUUGGAAAAUUUAUUCAUGGAUAUAUAGUAAGAAACUGUAUAGAGGAGGAUAUCUUUGUUAACAACUCACUUCUUGAUCUGUAUUUCAAAUGCAGAAGCACUGCUGAUGCUAAAAAUGUCUUCAAGAAGAUGCCAAGGAGGAACGUUGUAGCUUGGAAUGCCAUGAUUUCAGGCUAUGUUUCAACAGGCUCUUACUUCGACGCUCUUCGCAUCUUCACUGACAUGACAGAGGCUGGGGCAAAACCAGAUGCCAUUACAUUUAUUGCUAUUCUAACAGCUUGUUCGCAACUUGCUGCCUUGGAACAGGGAAAGGAGAUUCACAAAUCUAUCACUGCAAGCAAGCUUGAAUCCAAUGAAAUAGUCAUGGGAGCUCUUCUGGACAUGUAUGCUAAAUGUGGUGCAGUCAAUGAAGCAUCUCGUAUUUUCGACCAGUUACCCGAGAGAGACCUCGUGUCAUGGACUUCAAUGAUCACGGCUUACGGGACUCAUGGCCGAGCUUCUGAAGCUUUGCAGCUUUUCUGUAAAAUGCAACAGUCCAACAUAAAACCUGACCGAGUUACCUUCCUUGCACUAAUAUCUGCUUGCAGCCAUGCUGGUUUAGUGGAUGAAGGAUAUUACUACUUCAAUUUAAUGAUCAGGGACUAUGGUAUCAAACCCACAGUUGAGGACUACUCCUGUUUGAUCGAUCUUCUUGGGCGUGCUGGAAGGUUGCGUGAAGCUUAUGGAAUUCUUCAAAGAAGCAGUAGCAUUUCUGACAAUAUUGACUUGUUGAGUACAAUGUUUUCGGCAUGUCAGUUACAUGGGGAAUUACAAUUGGGGGAGGAAGUUGCGAAAUCUCUUUUGGAGAAGGAUCCUGAUGACCCAUCAACUUACAUUGUAUUAGCAAACAUGUAUGCUUCUGUCAAGAGAUGGGAAGAGGCACGUAGAGUGAGACUAAGGAUGAAGAAGCUUGGAUUGAAGAAGAACCCAGGAUGCAGUUGGAUUGAGGUUGGCAAGCGGAUUCUACCCUUCUUUGUUAAGGAUAAAACACAUCCAGAAUCUGAACUGGUCUAUGAUUGCCUAGUGAGUUUGUCUGUUCACAUGGAAAAGGAUGAACUGGACUGGAGUCUUAUUAGAGAUAAUGAAUAGCAUACACUGUCCAAAACUAGAUAUCCUUUUAUAUUUUAUACCAAUUUACAAGUUCAUAUUCUCAUCCUCAUUUAGUUUUUUUAAGGAUUGGUUUUUUAAUAGUUUAUAUUUUUUAUGGUUAUAAAAGUUUAUAUACUUUUUAUUUUA